GUCUUUUAUAGUUGUAAAGUCAGUUUAACAUUUCACCAAUGUUGGUCCCACCUUAUCAUUGUCAUUGUCACCGCAGUUCAUAUAUGAUUUAUUUCAUAUAUCAUUAAUAUUGUCAUUGUCGUUGUUACUGUUACAAACAAUAUUGUCGCUAUUGUUGUCAGCAAUGGUCAUACCAUUGUGAUCACUAUUGUUGUGACGGUUAUCAUAGUCGUUGUUGCUGCCAAUACUGUUGUGGCUGUUGUCAAUUUCAUUGUCGCCAAUGAUGUUGUCACCUUUAUAUUUACUGUUGGUAUAAGUAAUGCUGGUAGAAUUGCUGUAUUGAUCCCUGUCGCAGUCAAUAUUGUUGAUGCCGCAUUCAGCUGUGUUGCGAAUUGUUGA